AGCGGAUAGAGAACACAUGAGCCGUNCGACAUGGCAUCAAAGCAGGACUCGGUACUUACUCUCUUCUGUGCUGAUGAGCAUUCACCGGCUAUUCCCACCGGUAGCGAUGCAUCGGUACCGCUUGCUGGGUAUGCUUUUCUCCCAAGCAGCGCCACCGUCCCGGAGGUAGACAUCUUCCCCAGCGGCAUCGGCCACUUACAGAAGGGCCACCAGUUCUCCAUCUUCAAGAAGUCCCACGCUGAGGAGGCAGCAACAGUGGUUAACUACCUGCUAUCCCUCGACAGUUUCCAGAAGUUCAAGGAGGAUUCGGCCCGUCUCAGGCCAAUUCUGAAUGAAGGCAUCUAUCUGUAUGCUGUGUCGACGGCCGUCCUUCACCGUAAGGACACCGACGGAGCCCUGUUGCCCCCGAUAUGGGAGGUUAACCCUCGGAGCUACUUCCCAGGAACAAUCAUCAAGCGAGCGCUCGACCUGGCUCGAAACAGACGCGAUAAAGAUGACAGCUCGCCUCCUCCCGCCUUCAUUACGGGCAACUAUCGCGACCCGGAGUUCAAGCUGGCCUGGUGGAGAGAAGAUUGUAGCUUUAAUUCCCACCACUUCCACUGGCACCAGUCCUACCCAUGGACAGGCAUCGAGGGAAAGACCAAGGACCGACAGGGGGAGCUCUUCUACUACAUGCACCAGCAGAUGUUAGCCCGCUACGAUGCCGAGAGAAUAGCUGUAGGUCUCACGAGAGUGGAACCCUUCUGCAACUGGCACCUCCCUAUUGCGGAAGGCUACAACCCCCAGUUGACAGACUAUUAUGGGACCUAUCAGUUCGCUGCCCGGCCGGCAGGGAUGAUUCUCGCCGACAAUUGGCGCGAUCCUUCUGACCCCACGCUGAUCAUUCAACAGGAGUACCACCGGAACCGCCUCCUAGACGCCAUCAAUACCGGGAAGUUUGAAAAGCCCGAUGGCAGUAAAGUGGCCGUAGACAUCGAUGGUCUUGGCGCAGCCAUAGAGGCAAAUGUCAGCACUCCCAAUCCACACCUGUACGGAUCCGUUGGGAUUCACAACCGCGGUCACGACAUCCUGGCAGGAAUUACUGAUCCAGACCUCCGUUACAAUCAGGCUGGGGGAGUCAUGGGCGAUACUGCUGCCGCCAUCCGGGACCCAAUGUUCUUCCGCUGGCACAAGUUCGUCGAUGACCUGUUCUUUCUGCACAAGAUCAAGCUUACACCGUACACUGAGGCUGAACUCAGUUUCGAGAAGGUUAAAGUAGACUCUGUGAAGUUGCAGAUAGGUGGAAAAAACAUGGUGAGAGAUCGAUCUAAGUCUGUAAAACUGUAUUUUGAUUUUUGUGUAACUGAAUUGAACUGUACCUUCCUCAAAAUGACAGGACCGGCCGAUAUUCUGACGACUCGCAUGGAGAAUGUAGAGGUGGACAUCGCGAAUGACAUGUUCCUACGUCAAGGUGACAAGCCCAAUACUGAGGCCAAAGUUACCGUCAAGCAGGUCAACCAUGACAACUUUAACUACAAAAUUGGGGUUGAAAACAAGCGCGGGAGAAAUAUGAGGGUAGCCGUCCGCAUCUUCAUGGCUCCAUCUUCUGACGCAGAGGGGGCCCAAUUUUUGUUGGAUACGCAGCGUCGUCUGUUUAUCGAAAUGGACAAGUUCGUGACUACACUGGAAAAAAAUGGAAUGAACACCAUUACACGCAGCUCCGCCGAUUCCUCUGUGAUCAAACCACGUGAGCUAACCAUCGCAGAAUUGAGGAAGAGAGUCCUCCAGAAGUCGGAAGUCCAGGAUAAGGACUGCUGCCGCCCGGAUCGGUACUGCGAAUGCGGCUGGCCAGAGCACAUGCUGGUACCCAGGGGUACAGCGGAAGGAAUGAAGUUCGAUCUCUUCGUCAUGGUUACCGACUGGGCAAGCGACAGCAGCACUGACGACUUAGAUCGGGGUACCAGUUACUGCGGUGUGAAAGACAAGAAGUACCCAGACAAGCGUGCUAUGGGUUUCCCGUUUGACCGUAAGAUCGACAAGAGCCUCUACAAGAGCGUGUUCGAUUUCGCAAGGGGGUUUCCUAAUAUGAAGUGUGUCCCCAUAAACAUAAAAUGGGUAUCUGGCCCGUAAUCUAAGAAAAAUCCAAACGGAAAAUGAGCCAAGUAAGUACAAGAGUACAGUAAGGCUGAGCACAGUACAUAUGUAUCAGUUUGACACAUCAUGAAAAAAAAGAGUCAUUUCAAGUAGUCUUUAAAAUAGUGACAAUUUCUGGUUGAGCACAAGCUGUUAAUUUGCAGUGUUUUAAACGCAGGUGAAAUGUAAAUCAAAGUAGAGAAAAUUAGGCUUGUAUUUUUAUAAGUACCGCGAACUAUUUCCGUUUAUUUAGAUCAAGAUAGUUGAUAUUUCUCUCAAGAAUUUUUGGGUUUUGUUAGUACUUAAAGGUAUCAGCUUUCUCAUAUCAAUACUGUGGUUGCGAAUUGUCUAAUUUAACCUUGGUACAAUAGAAGCAAACGCCACUGCUUUUGUUCCUUAAAUGAAUGUUUUAUUAUUAAGAAGCAACACAUUAUUAUGAAGUAACACAUACCAAAGUGUGUCUAGAGCAUAUAAGAUGCACUCUAAAAUACCGAAAAUGCCAAAAGCCGCUGUUGUAAGUAUUGAUUUUACUUUUUGCUUCCUUUUUUAUAACUGUUCUUAAUGUCAAUUACUGUAAGGCAAGAUACAAAGCGAUCAAGAUAAACAAAUUCAUCUACGUGAGGAUAAAUUUGAAAUUUAAAAAAGUACAAGAAAAAGGUUCGAAAAUAAACAAUUCCUGAAAGUUUAGACUAAUGGGUUCAUUUGGAGGUCCAAUUGCAGAAAUAAUACUUUCGUAGUUCCAGGUGUUAGGCACUUGAGCACAGUUAUACAUAAAGUAUUUUGUAUGUAAAAACAAGCUUAAAUGCAUUAAAAUGUAUUAAUUCCUCCACAUUAAACUCCAAUGGUGACGGUGUUUAUAGUUUUCGUUUUUAAGGAACAUGUUUUGAAUGUUUUUGUUUUUGACUUAAAGCAUUAACAAUGUAUUAAAUUUCAAUUUUAUCUUUCAUUGACUUUUACUUGUAUUUGCGAUAUUCGUGUGAGACCACUUUAUCGUCUUAUAACUGUUCUUAAUAGUAAGUUAAUUGCUUGAUAGUUGGGAAGAAGCUGCGUAGAGAUAUGAACUAAUUCGUGAAACAUUUUUUUCUGGUAUAGAUUCAGAAUAAGAGAAUGCAGACCAACAGUCCUUGAGUUCAUUUUAAAGCACAGUAGCACAAUUCCAUUUAAAAAGCACAAUUUAAAGGACCUUUAGUUUUUCUAGGUACGUGUACAUUAUUUUUUAACAAUGCUUGGAUUCUAUUUAACAGUUAUUAAUCAUAUUAAUCUUGCCCUGAUAUACGUGAUAUCAUAGAGGAAGGACACAGAAGGAGUUUGAACUGCCCGGGCUAUAACAUCUGGCCAAUUACCACUUUCUGGCAUGCCAGGUAUGUCCGUGGCAAGAGCGCAGCGAGAGCUUGCCACUCACCAUCUGUGUCACACCCACGAAACCCCCAUCGCCACAGCAAUUUGACGCUGGUAAUCUGCAUCCUCAAAACUUUGUGUACUGAGGUAUAGGAAAUGGAAUAUUCAUACAUUUGUUGGUGUUUGG